CAUGCUCACAACAUCGAAGGUAAACAAAGAGGAAAGCGCGCAACCGGCCUCACUCCUGCCUAAACAUCAAACGCUGCUAUUCUACCGGCCUUUCUGUCCGAUCAAAACAUGGAUGGGAUAUUUUCAUGUCGAGCAAGUAUUUAUUAUGACCAAGGCGGUAGGAAAUACAUGGAGGACUUAGUGACGAUGAAGCAGGAGGAUGAGCCGAGUGAAGAUGAACUGGACGCCGCCGAACGUGGCGAGAUCGCGGCACCAGCACAAGACCAAAACCCCGACGCUUCGAUCCAAGACUCCAUUCCCGGAUCUAUCACUGUAACUUAUGUUCAAGAUGAUGAACCAAGCUCUACUCUUCAGCAGGCGUCGAUGCCCUCCUCUCAUCCGUCCAAAAACGCCCGUCGGCCGCGGGCUGUGGCUAUGUUCGCCGUGUUCGACGGACACGGGGGUCCGGACGCCGCGCGCUUUGCUCGCAGCCAUUUGUGGGACCACAUUAAAAAACAAAGAGGCUUUUGGUCUGAAGACGACGAAGAGGUGUGCGCGGCUCUGCGAAAGGGAUUCAUCUCUUGUCACCAUGCCAUGUGGAAGAAAUUACCGGAAUGGCCAAAGACGGUUACAGGACUUCCCAGCACUUCUGGUACAACCGCAAGUAUUGUUGUAAUACGACGUGAUCGUAUGUAUGUUGCCCAUGUUGGGGACUCGGCAGUGGUGCUGGGGGUGCAGGAUCACCCUUCUGACGAGUUCAUUCGAGCUGUAGAAAUUACACAGGACCACAAACCUGAGCUUCCAAAGGAGAGGGAGAGAAUAGAGGGGCUUGGCGGCAGUGUCAUUAAAAAGUCUGGAGUCAAUAGGGUGGUGUGGAAGAGACCCAGACUCACACACAAUGGACCAGUAAGAAGGAGCACAGUCAUCGAUCAGAUCCCAUUUUUGGCUGUGGCCCGAGCUCUUGGUGACCUCUGGAGUUACGACUUCUACAGCGGAGAGUUUGUAGUGUCACCAGAGCCUGAUACUGCUGUUAUCAAGCUGGAUUUGAAGCAGCACCGUUACGUCAUCUUAGGCAGUGAUGGAUUAUGGAACAUGGUAUCACCACAGGAGGCUGUGUCUAUUUGCCAGGAAAAUGACAGUGCCAAGGCAAAGAACCAAAAGGAAAAUGUUUCAAAUGCUGUUCUGCUCGUAAACCAUGCCUUACUGAGAUGGCGUCAACGCAUGCUCCGUGCUGAUAAUACCAGUGCCAUUGUUAUCUGUUUGGAGCCGUUCGGGACAUCCUCUGAGUGUUUGCCACCUUACGAGACGGUGUAUAAUCUACAAGGACCAAAGUGUGGCUCCGUUCCUAAAUCUUGCACCAACUCUUUGCCCACUCAGGUUCUGCCUUGUAAUGACUCAUUGGAAAAUGAGGUCCCUUGUGACAGAAUGCCUACAGGCAAGCGGGUGCUAGAGGAGGACUCUUCACCUGUGCUGAAGAAACCCCGUCUUAGUUUGUCCCAGUCCCCUCUUAAAGAGUCCUCAUGUACAUCCUCAAAGAUACCGAGUGCACAGUCCUCGGCGAGGAGUGGUGGUGGUGGCGGAAAUGCUCAGAAACAGUCUGAAAAUGUCCAAGCGAUGCUUCAGCAGCAUGGGAAGACUACUGUAUGCGUUUGCUGACAUUCAUGGUCCUAAUACAAUGCAAUCUGUACAUUCAUGCUGGACAGUCAGACUCUGAUAUUAGUUGAUAUAAGCUACUGAGAAACCAAAUCCUGAAGCAAGUAACAAUGUCAAGAAAAAAAAAAUCACUCGCUUCCAUUCACUCAUGUUUUAGUGUAUGUUAGUCUUAUGUUGUUAUACUUUAUAUUUUGCAGACUAAUGAAAAUGUGUUUGAUUUUUAAAUGAGUUCUAGUUUUUCCUCCAAUGUGUGUCCACUGCUCAGUUCUGUUAUGCUUCAGGUCAGUCAGGUAGACAUGAUGGAUCAAAUAGGGAUUUUUGCACUUUAAGUUGAAUUUGUGCAGUCUUUAUGGAAAAUUGGAGGAUUGUGGGGAAAAAAGAAAGAAAGAAAUUCUAUCUUCUGAGAAGAUAUUUCCCUGCAGCUUACAUGUCACCUGUUAUACUUCAUCUUUUUGGUAUCAAUGUUAUUGUUUUACUGAACAAAGAGAAUGGUUCAUCUUUUCUAGUGUUCACUGAUAUCUUAACCCUGUGUCAUAAGGUUUAAUUUUAACAUUGUAUGCAGGCAUGAACUUUAUUAAUUAUGCAUUUUGAAAUUUUAAAGCCUUAUGGUCGUUUUAAUGUUUCCAAGGAUUUCAUUAACAUUGUCUUUUUUUUCCUGUGAUGGGAGAAAUUGUAAUUCUAAACGGAAGGUGCUGCUAUGCUAACAGGUCAAUAAAAAAAUUACAAUAAAAA